AUGAGCUCGCAGGAUGAGCAGUUGCCAGCAGCAGCCCCUGAGCCAGCAGCUUUCUCCAGUGAUGAUGGCAUGACCUGGUGGUACAGGUGCCUCUGCAGGAUUGCCGGGGUCACCGGGGGCCUCUCCUGUGCCUGUGCUGGCCUCUGGAACUGUGUCACCAUCAACCCCCUGAACAUCGCAGCUGGCGUCUGGAUGAUGCUCAAUGCCUUUGUGCUGUUCCUGUGUGAGGCUCCUUUCUGCUGCCAGUUCAUCGAGUUCGCCAACGCCGUCGCGGCCAGGGCGGACAGGAUGCGGCCCUGGCACAAAGCUGCUUUCUACUGCGGGAUGGCUGUGGUGCCAGUCAUGCUCAGCCUGACGCUGACCACGCUCUUUGGGAACGCCAUUGCCUUCGGCACCGGAGUGCUCUACGGCCUCUCCGCGCUCGGCAAGAAGGGAGAUGCCAUUACCUAUGCCCGGAUCCAGCAGCAGCAGAAGCAGCUGGAUGAAGAGAAGCUGACAGGGACCCUGGAGGGGCAGGCUCUGUGA